GAGAGAGAUGAAGAGGACGGAGGGGGCGGAUAUCUCCUCAGUAGCUCGUGGUUCGGGAUGAGGCGGCGGCAGUAGAGGACAGCUGAAAGCAGAGGAGCUUAAAUCUAUGCGAGGAGGACCUUAUUCUCCACCAUUAUCACCUCAGGUGUUCACCCUCCAGCUUGCCGCAGCGAACGCCAUCGGAGAGGUUCCCAGUUUUGCUGCAGUGGAAGAAUGGUGUAACAAAUAGGCCAGGAAUCCCAGAAGGACAAUUUUACUUCCUUUUUGAAUAUGGCUCCCAAGUCAUUCCUGUUCCAGGCUUUGGUUCUCCUUUUCUUCAAGUUUUCUGCUGCACAGACCAUCAUCGGUUCCUCCCCCUCCUUCACAGCCCUUAAUCUGCCAAGUAACUCCCCUUCACCUACCAAGCAGACCAUUAGAUUCUGGCCUUCUUUGCCCCCAAGAGGGCGCAGUGAUGUUGCCAUUAGAGUAACAAUCCGGGAGUGGUUUACAGUUUUGAAUGCGGUGGAACAGGGUCAAAGAAUGAUCCAUCCAACCACACAGUUCAACCCAUCUUUAAUAUUUACACUGCCUCCACAGAAUCUCAGCAGGGGGCACAUUUCAACCCACCCAACUGCUUCAAGGCCCAGGACUGACACAGCCAGUUUGGCAUUGAGAAGAGCUUUAAAAAGGGAAGAAGCUUUCACAAAAGGCCCAACCCCACCUUUACCCACUUUGGCGUCCCUUGGAGGGCAUUCAGAAAAGAGAUCAAACACAGACACAGAGGAUGGUGAUUCACAAGGGCUGGGAUCAGGCAGAGCUCCAACAGAGACAUCAGAGAAGGUGAAACCAACUGUUCUUCAGCCAACAGAUGCUGAGGAAAUGGCUCAAUAUCGACCACAGGCACAGACCAUGGUCUCCGAUGUAACAAAUGAAGAAACUCCAUCCCUGGAGGAUCAGAAUGCCAAGACUCACCUAUUUGGGUUGACAACAACCAGUGUAACAACUACAACAGCACAACAAAUGACUAAGACAGCAGAAUUAACUGGUAAAGUUGCUGCUGAUCCUUCCUCCACUGACAGAUUUCAGCCAAAGCAGGCCUCCGAUGCCGUGACAUCUCCCAAACCCACAUCUAGCUCUGCUGAUAAACCGCCACAGAUUGCAGAACAACCUGUCACCAUCAAAAGCCAAGUGGGUCCAAAUCCAAACAUUUCAAUGGAACAAGAAACCCACACGUCUACAAUUGCUCUUCCAGCUACUACUCUAGAGGCUGGCUCGACAGCUCCAACUCAAAGCAUCAAAACAGCAGAAAAGGGGAGAGAUACAUUGAGUACUACUGUGCAGUCACCAAGGAGAGGGGUCUCUUCACUCCUUACCACCAGUGCCAUUCCUGUGAUCCGACCCAGAUUCGGCCCAACGUACCAGGAAGAGAGGAACCGCUCUCUUCUUCUGGGACAUCCUCAACAAGCUCCGCACUCUACUUUUAUUCCAGCUCCAUCUCAGAGUGGAAAUCCCCCUACGAAUGGCACACUUCUUCACUGGGGUGAUUUGAGCCACACAUUGGCUUUUGCAUGGGAACUGCAUGUCUACGGGACAGCAAGUCUCUUUCUGCUCCUGUUUGCUGGAGCUGCCCUCGGCCUGACUCUGUCCCCCGGAGCUAACUGUCCUCAUCGUGGAGCUCUUGGUCUUGCGAAUGCUCUGUUAUUUCUGGCUGGAGGCCUUAGAGCAGCUCUGUUCUUUAUUGACCCUUAUGGUACGAGAGGUCUCCUCCCUCGCCCAGCAGUCACAGCCCUCUACAACCUGCCUCUUCACCUGCUGGUAUGGGCUCAAGCUUCCCUGGUACUUCUUGCACUAAGGGUACCAGGAAUCACUGUUUUACCUUCAACCUUAGAACAACCCCCGUUGGUUGCUGUGCUCACUGUGUUGCAGUGUACACUGCUGUUAGCUGCUGAUCUGUUGUCUCCAGCUCUGUCUCCUGUAGUGCCCGUCACCCUACAGGUCCUGUCCUUAUGUUGGGGCUUAGGGCUGUCUUUUGGCUAUCUUUGCUACGUAUUUCCACGUAUACGUUGCCCUGCUCUUCCUCAUCCCGGUGUUUCUGUAGAGGCUAGGAGGAAAACUUGGACCGGGAGCCAAAGAACAGGUGUGAUUCUGGGAAAAGUGCUAGCCAUCUGUGCAGUGCUUGGAGCAUUGUGCUGUGGUUUGCAUGUCCAUGCUACCUUGUGGCUGUAUGGACUGUUAGGAGACUGGAGACGCUUCAGCUGGGGUUGGUGGUUGGUGCAUUUCUGUGCUCGGCUACUGGAACUGACGUGGGGCUUUUUUCUACUUCUUCUGGGUUCCUGGGUGUUCUGGAGACCUACGACAUGCCGGGCAAGGGAGGAAGGAGGGCAAGAUGGCCACACAGGGAACCUCCCAUCUCCUGGUCAGUCGGAAGGCUCUCCUCAAAGGCAUACCUGCUGGUCUAAAAUAGUGCAGAGUCUGAGAGGAAAACCCUGCAGAAAGUCUGACAGUAAUGGUGUUGGAGCAGGAGGAACAGGAGAGAUGCCUAACAACUGGGCGGGACAAGAGCGACCUGGAGCUGAUAUCAGCAAGAGUCUUAUUAGGAAUCAGGACCAUGAGCAGAACUCGGCACAGCUGCGCUCGAUCAAAGACAGCAACCACGGACGUAACCACAGGGGCCACUCUGCAGAACGAGGUGUAUCUGAAGACUCAACUGGCUCCCUGUUGAGACUGCAGACUUUGGGUCAGCCUCCACAGCGCUCUGUGAGUGGCAGUCUGGAUCAGGACAGAGAUACAUCUCUGUCCUUCUAUGAAUUUGACCUGCGACCACCCUCCCCCAUUAACCUAACUCGCAGCAUCGAUGAAGCUCUGCACAGAGAACACUUGCUCACAGGAGGGAGUCUGUUCCACCCUGUAAUUCAGACUCCUUCUCCGGGCUCUGGGAUCAGCCAGGAGCAGUGGCUUCGCAGAAACAGUGACCCUCAGCUGCUUUCUGAGAGCAGUGAAGCCCCAACAGAGUCCUCUAUGCCUCUAGGGGGAAGUAUUCUCAGCAGCGUACCCAGCAGGCAGGUGACUGCUCCCCCCACGCCAUCCCAUCAAGGUCACAGGUGGGGUGGGAACGCCAUGGCUAGCGUUCCCUCAUCGGUGUCCUGCCCGGUGUCGCUUCGUCCCUCCAGGACAUCUACAGGGCAUCUAGGUGCUGACGAUGUGGACGACACGCGGCCGUUUAUUACCCCAGACUCUGAAAGGGCAAGAGGGAGAGCAGGUAGACCUGUGGGUUCACGCAGUUACCUGGAGGUGAGCCGACAUGACGACUCUGCAAGUUACAGCAGUGAAAUUAUAGACCUUUGAACCACAUGAUGGACAUUAAGACCAAUGACUGCACUUAAGAUAUUAGAUCAGAUAUAGAUCUUCAGAUAUAGAUCUAAUUAUCAUACCCCUUAACGUUGUUUUGGAAGGAGGAACUAGCAUCACUGUAGGUUACUUGUGUUAACUUUUAACAUAAAGUGAGACAUUUUGGCACAUUUAUAAACUCCAGGUCACAACUGGUCACAUUUCUGGGACUUUUUUUCAACUCUUGUAUUUCCACUGCAAGAGCUGGUUUGUUUUUUCCUUGGUACCUAACAUUAAUGGAAAUGGCUUAAAGAAAUGGGUUAGCGAAACACUCACUUGCUUUGUUUGCUUCAGAAGACGAAUCAAUUCAUUCUCUAACCAAAGCCAUUUUUAGAGAUUUAGACCUAUAUUGGAGAUUUUACAGGGUUUCUCUUGUGAGGCACAAAUUAUAUCUUGCACAUUUCGUGUGUUUUUUGUUCUAAAAUUGUGAUGAUUUUAGGUUUGAUAGAAAUAAGGCAGACUUCUGCUAUUUAACUAUUUGAAGUGUUUAAAUAUUAGAGUAGAUCUAGAGUAGCCACUGUGAAAUACUUCCAACUUAUGGGUAAAGCGCAUUGUAGUGGCAAGUUUGAAAACAAGAGGAAAUGGUAUUUGUUACGAUGCUAAUUCCCACUAGCAGAACAUAGCAAAAACAAUAUAUUUCUCUCUUUCAGAUAAAUCUAAACACAAAAGUAAAUGUUUCUGAACCCGAUAUUUUAAAGCACUUAUUUUAAUGCUGGUCUAAAGACAAACAAUAAUCAGAAUCUCUUAGUUUAUACAUUAUACAUACAUUUUGACUAAACACAACCAUAGUGGAUUCUGGACUUUGGGUUAGCUCUUAGCUCUGUAGAAAAUUCAGCUUUAGAGGAUGCUCUUGUUUAUUAUGACUGCAACUGGGGAAAUUCCAACUUCCAAGAACAACUUUGGCUUCUCUCUUCUGCUCUGAUCCACAUCUGAGUAAAGUCUGAGUAGGCAGGUUGUUACAGGCUGUGUCACAAUUGCACAUUUCAUAAAGUUUGGAGCAGAUGUAUUCAUUUAGAAAUUGUAGGGAUGGGGACAAAAUCCUCAAUAAUAUUUUUGUUGCUGAAAAUCUGACCUAUUUGUGUUCUUGUUUAUUUUUUGUUUUAUCCAAAACUCUUGACCAAACACUUUGUGGAUGUAGCAGAGGUCAGUCACCAUUAGUAAUGAAAUAUGAUAAGAAAAUAGGUUACAAUGUUCAACUCCCCAUAAAGAUUGUCACAAAGGUCCCAUUUAUGUCCAUGAAAUAAUUUUUACAGCAUAACAUUGGUUGUAAAUUUUUUUUAGACUUUCUACUGUUUGCUUAUGUCAUGUAAAAAUGUGCCAUACAUAACCAUUACUGCUUCCUAUGCUGUUGCUUCUCUAGGGUCGUAGCAUUUGUAUCAUGAUGACUCAACAGCAGAUUAGAAUACGUCUAAGCUCUUAUCUUGCUGUUGCUGUUGUACUUGUUUGUUUUGUCUCGUAAGUUAAAGCUGGUUGCAUAAAGAUGCAGACAGUCACCGGAAACCAGAGAUGGCUCACAUGCUACUUUGGGUAUAUGGUGUUAUUCCCUAAUUAAACUUCCCCUGUGAUCUCAGUGCAUUUAAUUAUCUUAUACUGCUGCAGAGCAAUGCUUGUGGGAUCAAUAACAUUUUUCAAUGCCUAAGAGUGCAUUUUUUGCAGAAUCUGAAUCAGAUUUUUUAAAGAAAUAGUUUAAAAAUAAUUGAAUUAUUUGAUAAUAUGCUGCACAGCUUUGCAAGGCUGCAACACACAUGACUGGCAUGGCUUGAAGAACACCUAUAUUAGACCUAAGUCAGCAACAAAGCACUUAUCUGUAUAUACUGAAGUAUUAUACAACUAUAGUGUAAAGAAACAAUGUCAAGUUAUAAUGUACAGAUUGUCCUUUCUGUUGUUCAUGAAUAAAGUUGUGUUUGAGACCUAAUCAUGUUACUAUGAGGGACAUUCUAAAGCUGUAUUGCUAAAAGCUCAGGUUGGAAUCUUUGAGAUCUGUCGGCUAAACUCAAUUUCUAUCAGAAAUUGAGUUUAUAGGUGAUCAGCAAUGCAGUUUUUAGUCUUAAGUCUUCUUUGAAACUUAAAAUUUAACUUUAAGUAAAAAAAAAAAAAAAACAAUAAAAAGAAGCUAUUUUAUUUUCUAAUAAUUUAAAGAAGUUAUAGAAGUGCCCGUUUUGGACUUUUUUUUAAACCCCCAAACUGACUGAUAGCUGAAAUUUUUCAAAUGAUUUGGUGCCUUCGGCUGUACUGCAAAAUAGGUGAAAAAUGUCAACAAUAAAAAAACACCCACUUUGGCAACUUUCUUACAGUAUAAUAACUGUAAAUCAAGGUUUUUAAAAAAUUCAAUAAGUCAAUAAACGCCUAGCUUUUCAAAUUAUAUCUAAUUUUAAUUCAACUAUUUAAAAAGGACUGCAUAUAAUAAUAAAGUUUGUUCUUUGACUGAAAGCGUUCAUCUGGUGUUGAACCUCAAGACAAUUUGGGGUAUAAAGAAAGCCAGAUUAAGAAAAAUAAGCUUACUCUUUAUUUUUGGCUUUGUUUUGUCAAUAUGUCUUCAAAAGUGUACAUCUAUUAAGUGUUCUAAUAAAAGUUUGUGGAAAAAUACUUUUAAAGACAGGAUUUUCCCUACAUGCAUUCAUCUGAGUGUUGGAAACUCAUUUUAAAGGGUAAAAAAAAGCUUGAUUUAUAACUUUAAACAUGAGUUAAAAAAGGAUUCCAACCUGAGUGUGGAUGCAGCUCAUGAGCUGUGCUGAUGACGAGGAGAAAGUUGUGAGGUAAACUUGGCUGAACUGAGAUAUUUAAAGGACCUCCUGAGCCCUGCAUUGUUAUGUUAGGGAAGGUUUUAAAAUAUACAUGUCUAUAAAUAAUGAUAAAAAUCUGUUGGAUUUAGGUUCUUUCUAUGUUUUUGGUAUUAAAAAACUUGUUUGUUGAGCCAUGUGCAGUCUGUUAUUUCAUAUUAAAAUGUUUCUGUUUAGUCACUGCAUUUUGAAUAUGUACAUUGUUAGAAAAAAUACUGAUUUUAAUGAAAUAAGAAAAAUAUUUGUCAUAAAAUCUAGUUACUGAUGCCUUUUUUCCUCCGUAAAACUAGUUUCCUGGUUACUUUUGACCUGCAGAACCUCCCACUGAUGUGAGAUGUUUUUUGAGUUUUUUUGUUUACAGCUUUUUGUUGCUGUUGACAUUCCAGUGAGCCGGUCUUAUUUCACUGUAUAAGAACUUAUUUUACUAUUGGCCUCCUCCUCCCUCAGGGUUGUCCCAUGAAGCAGUAUGUGCCAUAGAAAAUAACUGUCAUGUAUCCUGUUUACUUUGCUCAUGAAUUUUUUUUUCUUCCUGUAUUAUCUGCUGCUUUUCAUAUCUGGAGUUAAAUAAAAACAAAGCAUCUUCAAAUGGG